ACUAAUCAAACCAGCAGUAGCAGUAUAUGAACCCACUUAUCAAGCCAACCACCAUAUAUAGGACUGCAGGAGUACAUGGUCUUGAGCAUAAAACUAAACCAUGGCUACUCGCUUCUCCUCCUUCGUUAGGUGUAUCCUCUAUAUCUAUAGUUUCUCUGCUUUUCUAUGCCUUCAUGCCCAUGAAGCAAGAGAGAUUACAGAAAGCUACCACCUUCAUCAUACACAUACUGUUCAAGUCAGCUCUCUAAUACCAUCAUCUACUUGCACUGCUUCUACCAAAGGUCCAAAAAGGGAGGCAUCCUUGACGGUGAAACACAAAUAUGGCCCAUGCUUUCAAAGCAACAAAGACCAAUUACUGGUUCUCAAUCACACUGAACUCCUCCUUCAAGACCAGUCUAGGGUGAACUCAAUCCACUCGAUGUUCUCUAAGAACUCAGAUGGCAACAAGUUAAGAGAAUCUCAGGCCACCACCAUUCCAGCUAAAUCUGGUCUCACCAUCGGCACUGGUAACUACAUCAUCACCGUUGGCCUUGGCACUCCCAGAACAGAUCAAACACUGGCAUUUGACACUGGUAGCGACCUCACUUGGGCACAGUGUAAACCAUGCGCAGGACAGUGCUAUAAGCAAGUAGACCCAAUCUUUGACCCAUCCAAAUCCACAUCCUACACCAACAUUUCAUGUCCUACACCCUUGUGCACUCAACUCACUUCUUCUACCAGAGGAAGCCCACAACAGUGCUCCAAUUCAAAGUGUUUAUACAGUGUACGCUAUGGCGAUGGUUCGUUUACAAUUGGAUAUUUCAGCAAAGAAAGGCUAACCAUAACAUCAGACGUGGUGGACAAUUUCGUAUUUGGCUGUGGUCAAGACAACGAAGGCCUCUUCAAAGGCAUUGCCGGGUUACUAGGCCUCGGUCGCGGCCAAGUUUCCCUUGUGCAACAAGCCGCUCAAAAGUACAGCCAAUUUUUCUCGUAUUGUCUCCCUUCCACAACUAGCUCAACGGGGUACCUUACUUUGGGAAAAGGCAGUGAAAUUUCGAGUUCUCUAAAGUUCACACCUAUGUUAACACUUUCUCAAAGGCAAUCAUUCUAUGGCCUCAACUUGAUUGGAAUAAGCGUGGGUGGACAAAGAUUAUCAAUUCCCACGUCAGUUUUUUCAACUGCGGGCACUAUCAUUGACUCUGGGACGGUCAUUACACGUUUACCUCCUACAGCAUACAAUGCAUUGCGAACAAAAUUUCGCGAAAUGAUGCGUAAUUAUCCGAUGAUAAGCUCGAGUUCUUCAAUAUUCGAUACAUGCUAUGACCUUAGCAAGAGCCAAUCAGUUUCGAUUCCGAGCAUAAGCUUUUUUUUUGGUGGUGAUGUGAGCGUGGAUUUGGACAAAGUGGGAAUACUUUACGUGUUGAGACAAACAGAAGCUUGUUUGGCCUUUGCUGGAAAUAGAGAUCCAAGUAACAUUACCAUUUUCGGUAAUGAACAACAAAAGGGAUUAGAGGUUGUGUAUGAUGUUGUUGGAGAGAGGAUUGGGUUUCGUCCGGGUGGUUGUAGCUAAUGGAGUGAUAGUAAUAUAAUAAAGUAAGUGAGUCACAAAGAGAACCUUUGUGUUCGCUCAUAGUGGGCAUUAUUAUGAAUUUGGGUAUUAUGAGUAAAACCAUUGUUAAAAAUCAAUGGAAAUGUUAAUAAAGGUCAUUGGGUAUUAGAAAAAUCCUAGCAAUAUCCUCAAUGUUUGAAAUAAAAGUUGAGCGAGAUUAGUGGAAAUCUAUGUCAAACUCCUCAAGAUCCUCUUCAUUUUUAUAUAAUGAAAUUUUAGUUUCAAUA